AGAAGGGGAAGGGACUGGCCUUGUCCCUCCUGGUGCCAAUGAGCUCCAAGACGAGGGUUGUGGGAUCAGGAAGACAGGAACGCUGGGAUGAGGUGGGAUGGAAUCCAAGAGGUCAAUAUUUAGGGUUGUGCACUUGGAAACCAGAGCCAACAGUUCCUUCUCCAAUCUGGAAAAAAUCUCAGCCCUGCUGGUGAAUCACAGGAAGGGAAUGAGCAAGAGCAGGGGCUGGAGAUAAGGGAAAGCCUGGAAUGCACCAGGAUUCUGCAUUUCCAGUCAGGAUGGGGAAUGUCUGGGUUGGAGAAUCACCUGGAGCCCUCACUGACUGUGCUCAGGGGGGGAUCUGGGACAGGGACAUGAGCAGAGAGGGGCAGGAAAAUCUUAGGAGAGCUUUUUUACCCAGGAAGACCAAAGGGCUCCUUGCCUGGAUGAGCAGGGAGAGGCCUGGGAGCAGAAACCUCAGGAGGGUGAUAAAGGAUGAAGGAAACAGGGAUGAAAUGGCAGGAUAGUGAAUGGUGGAAAAGCUGCCUGGAAACUCAGAGUCUGGGAGAACUCCCAGGGUCGGGGGAGCUUCCCUAUGGAUUAGGGAGAUGGAAAGUCAGUGCCACAGGGCAAAGCCCAGGCUGAGGGCACUGCCUGGAGCAGGAAUUCGGGCUGUACGGAAGGAGGGAGGUCUUGGGGCUUGGCAAGGGCAGGGUGGGAGGAAGGGGAGCUGCAGGGACAGCCCUGCAGAGCUUUGGGAAUUGUGGGAGCUCUGAUGGAGCUCAACCCAGGGAUGAAGUCGGGUGAGACCCUGCAGAGCUUUGGGAAUUGCAAGAGCUCUGAUAAAAUACAAACCAAGUGAUGGUUCCAGGAUCAGAUCCAGCAGAGGUUUGGGAGUUGCAGGAGCUCUGGUAAAGCCCAGCCCAGGGAUGGUGUCGGGGUCAGAUCCAGCAGGAGCACUCGCUUCCAGUGCCUCCAUCCUUCCCAAGAAAACCAGUCUGCCCCAGCAUCACCACCUCCCCCUCAUUCCCAAAAAUCUGUGUGUUAGUGGCACAGAGGGAUAGAGAGGAAAACUCCCUCUGAAGUGGCUGCUCCGUGUCCCAUCCCGGCAGGAGCUGUCCCUGUCCCAGCAGAGCCUGUCCCCAGCCCUCGGUAGCCACCCUGCCCUCUUUGGAAGCCCCCCUGGCACGGGCUGCUCCCCCCAUCCCGCUCCUGCCCAUGGUGCGUUUUUCCCUGUUUUCCCCCGGGUUGGCCCAUUGCCUUUAAAAGGCGAAAUGCUCCGCACUAAAUUUGGGCAUGCGGCUCUGGCCGCUUCCCUGGAAUGUCCUCGGGUUUCAGGCUCCCCCGCUCCCCCCUUCCCCGCCUCCCGCCCGCUCCAUUGGCUUCCCGGCUCCCGAACCGCCGCCGGACCCCGGCAUUGGCCAGCCCCGGGUUGUCCUCUCUGGAAAACCAGGGAGAGCCGCCGGGAUUUAACACUUGAGCACCUGCUGCCCCCCGGGAAGCAGCUUCGGGAGCUUCGGCUUCUGUUUUUUUCUCUCCUGCCUCGGGAACCCCAAAACCGCCACCGUGUCUCGCCAGAGGGCCAAGAUGUCCAAGGUGGCCAAGUACCGGCGCCAGGUCAGCGAGGACCCGGACAUCGACAACCUGCUGUCCACGCUGUCCCCGGAGGAGAUGGAGGAGCUGGAGAAGGAGCUGGACGUGGUGGACGCUGAGGGGAGCAGCCCCACCGAGAAGAACCGCACGGAAAACUCCUCCCCCGGCCCCCAAAACUGCGACCCGGAGCUGAACCACCACGGCAGGGAGUCCCGGAGGGUCCUGCGCAGGGAGCAGGCUGUGGAUGAAACCAGGCUGAGCGAGAGCAAAGGAGACAAAAAUGAAGAAGAAAAGGGAAAGGAGACUCCCCCCAAAGACCUGGCCCGGAAACGAGACCCCAAAGUGGGCAAAGACUCCAAAAAGGAGGAAAGUGUUCAGAAAACAGACCCCAAAGGUAAAGCUGAGCCUGAGCCCAAGAGCAAAGAGAACAAAGCCAUGAAUGAUAAAGUGAAGGCCAUGGAGAAAAAGCUGAUGGGGAAGGACAAGAAGGAGGAAGAGAAGGGCUCAGUGCUGAAGAAGGACACGGGGAAGGACCACAAGGAGGAAGAGAAGAGCUCAGCAUUGAAGAAGGAGGCAGGGAAGGAUAAAAAGGAGGAGAAGGGCUCAGAUGUAAAGAAUAAGGAUGCAGGGAAGGAGAAAGAGGAAGAAGAGAAGGGCUCAGCAGCAAAGGAGACAGGGAAGGACAUAAAGGAAGAAAAGGUUUCAGCAUCCAAGAAGGACACAGGGAAGGACAAAAAGGAGGAGGAGAAGAGCUCAGAACCAAAGAGACAGGUGGAGAAAGCCAUGGGAGGGGAAGGGGAGAAAGGCAAAGAGAAAAAAGAAGAGGAAAAGAGUUCAGCCAGGGUGGAGGAGAAGGAGAAACCCCGGGCGGAGGCAGAAAAGGCGGUGGAGGAGAAGCGGGAGGGCAAGGCAGGACCCCCCAAAGCCACAGAGCCACCCAAGGACGACGAGGCCUCGAGCAUCUUUGACGAGCUCAUCGAGAAGGUGAAGAACAACGACGCAGAGGUGACCGAGGUGAACGUCAACAACUCCGACUGCAUCAACAACGAGACCCUGGUGCGCUUCACCGAGGCCCUGGAGUUCAACACCGUGGUCAAGGUGUUCGCCCUGGCCAACACCCGCGCUGACGACCACGUGGCCUUCGCCAUCUCCAUCAUGCUCAAGUCCAACAAGGUGCUGACCAGCAUCAACCUGGACUCCAACCACAUCACGGGCAAGGGCAUCCUGGCCAUCUUCCGGGCGCUGCUGCAGAACGACACCCUGACGGAGCUGCGCUUCCACAACCAGCGGCACAUCUGCGGCGGCAAGACCGAGAUGGAGAUCGCCAAGCUGCUCAAGGAGAACACCACCCUGCUCAAGCUGGGCUACCACUUCGAGCUGGCCGGGCCGCGCAUGACCGUCACCAACCUGCUGAGCCGCAACAUGGACCGGCAGCGGCAGCGGCGCCUGCAGGAGCAGAAGCUGGCGCAGGAGAGGGGCGAGAAGAAGGACCUGCUGCAGGUGCCCAAGGCUGGGGCACCGCCCAAGGGGUCCCCCAAGGCGUCCCCGCAGCCGUCGCCCAAGGCCUCCCCCAAGAGCUCCCCCAAAGCAGGGGGGGGCCCCACGGCGCCGCCCCCGCCGCCCCCUCCGCUCGCCCCACCCCUGAUCACCGAGAACCUGCGGAACUCCCUGUCCCCGGCCACGCAGAGGAAGUUGGGGGACCGGGCGCUGCCAGCGCAGGAGAAGAACUCGCGGGACCAGCUCCUGGCAGCCAUUCGCUCCAGCAACCUCAAACAGCUCAAGAAG